UAAAAUAUUAGGAACCAAUGACAUAUUGACAGCACACCAAAGAGAUAAGGUCUAUUAUAUCUUUUUACUCCAUCAUACCACCUACCCACUUAUUUGCGCGAUACACAAACACACAAGCCAUUUGCGGAGGUCAUAUAUGUUCUUCGUUCUCUACCAACAUAAUCGAACCAUCACGGGGACUGUGAAAGCCAUAUUCAGGGCGACCGUGAACAAAGGGCGGCAAAGCAAUGGUGUUUUAAUUAUUGGAUAAUUCAUUGUGGGAAUCUCUUUUUUCCGAUCACUUCGACACAGACUUCAUGAUAUUAUCACCGGUGAGGAACCUACCAGCUUCACUGCAAGCUUCAAAUUACAAUUACAGCUAUGUUCAGUCAAUGCAUGGAUAAAGCCCUAUGGGAUGCUCUCCUCUUCGCACUUCAUCACAACUACUGGGAGCUUAUAGCUCUAUGCAUCAUGGUAGUAAAAAGAAGGGAAUGAGCCCACUCCAAAAGGUUUUCAACUCCCCAAACAAUGCAGCUGGAGAGCCUUUCGCUGCCAGCUCUUGAUAGUUUCUAUCAGAGAGAUGAAGAAGAUGAUGUCAUACCAUGCUCGUCAUUAACCAUUUUGGAUACUGUUGGAAACUUAUCAUCAGACCAUUUUGAUGAUACACUAAUACCUAUUAAUCCAGAGUUGUUGUAGUGUUUUGACCACGCAACCAAAUUCUUCAUGGUUUUGUAGAUCGAGAAAUGAAACAUCGGUCUCUACUAGAAGCUCACAGUUGGAACAAGAGAGUGACAUUUAUAAGAUGAGUUCAAAUAUUGCAACUGCACCGUUAUCACAGCAACUGCAACAAGAAUGACAGCAGGAGAAACAACAACAAACCCACUGCCACCACCCCACCUCCACCACCACCACCACCACCAUCAUUGUCGACGUCUAAUUCACAUGCCUGGAACUUCAUUGUUCCUACACCACUACACACCGUGAAACCCAAUCACCCAUUGCCACCACUUCACCUCCGCCACCACCUCGAUCACUUCUAUCAGCGCCACCACAACAUCAACCAAUCCAACCGUGAUGGAAACUUCCACCAAACCGAAUCAAACCACCACCCCCAUCCAGCCACCACCAUGGCCGCCACCUCACCAACCACAAUCUUACUUUAUAGAAACUCGAGCAAUUCAUAGAGAAUCAUCAAACCCAAUCGAACCCCACAAACCCGCCCCGUUAUCCCCAGAAAGUGGGUACACCAUGACAAGAGUGACACAAAUUGUUCAAACACGAAUCAAAAUUAAGAAGGUAUGUCCAGCACAAACCAAUAUUGAGAGGUAUUGAGAGAAAUGAGGCUGAUUUAGGCCUUCAAUUUUGUGAUUGCAGACAAUUAAUACUAUAUUCUACAAAUAAUACAUAAAUAAAAAUUUAUAUUAGGGUUACAUAUAUAUAUACACACACACACACACACAUAUAUAUAUAUUGAACCUUACACAACAUACACAACACAAAGAAGGAGAUUGAUACGACCAGAGCCCUGCGUUAAACAAAGUGCUAGAGAGAAAGUUGUCGAUCUUUCCAAAACACAGCCUAAUAACCCUUUAAGGUCAUACCUGACACGUGUCCCUGCUGCUGUACGUUACUGAUAAUAGACAACGCCGAAGAUAUCGGUGUGAAGGCAAAACAAAACGUCCCUGCGGAGUCAACCGAUAUCAGACAACACCUCCUGGGUUGCCACCGCUUCGCCGGCGUCGACAUGAGGAUCAGAGUCAAAGGCGGUGGUCACACCUCCCAGAUCUAUGCCAUCCGUCGGUCCAUUGCCAAAGCCCUCAUCGCCUAUUAACAGAAGUAUGUUGACGAGCAGUCCAAGAAGAAGAUCAAGGAUAUCCUCGUCCGCUACAAUCGCACCCUCCUGGUGGUUGACCCCAGACGCUGCGAGCCCAAGAAGUUCUGUGGCUGUGGUGCUCGUGCCAGGUUCCAGAAGCGUACUGUUGAGGGGUGUUUGGUUGUCUCAUUACAAGUAAUAGACUUGUUUAGUUGUAACCUUAACAAUUAAGGGUAUUUUUGUCCUUUCAUGUGUAUAAGGGCACUAUGGUUAUUUAUAUGCAACUUAUGCACUAUUACGGUCAAAAUCUGUCGGAGACUUGCCGGAUGGUUAUUUAUAUUCAACUUAUGCACUAUUACGGUCAAAACCUGUCGGAGACUAGCCGGAUGGGGUCAUUGCAACAAAAUUGUAUAGUAAAAUUGCAUAGGAAGUUAGUUGCAUUUUUUUUUUUUUUUCUGUAGUUCAAGGGAGUUUGUUUCUGAUAUGACACUAGUUCGGGUUUUUUUUUUUUAUGCAUUUAACCCUUUCUUUUAUUUUCUUCUCUCUCCUUACACAUCCGUAAAUUUUGGCUGCAAUAAUGUUGAAGGCACUUUCUCUAUUUCCCUCUCUAUUCACACUUGUCUGUGUGCAUCUUCCUUGGCACCAAUAAUGUAGAGGGUUCAAAGGAUGGUCCUUGCAUAUUUCCGUUUUCUUAGUAACCACUUUUGAGUUACUGAUUACUAUCGACACCAACGGAGCUCCGCCGACGCCGUUUCAGACAGAGAUCCAAGAGCAUGCAUACUGCGGGUGGACUUGGUUCUGGUGACAUUAGAUGUCUAGUGAGGGAGAGACGAGCACUCGUCGAGAUUAAGCAAGAGAUUAUAGAUGACUUUGGUUAUCUCUCUUCUUGGAGAACUGAGGAAGAUGAUGUUGAUUGUUGCAAAUGGAGCAGAAUCGGAUGCAACAACAGAACAAAUCAUGUCAUCAUGCUAGAUCUAAGUUCAGAACAGGCCAUGCCUUUGAGAGGUAAGAUAGCACUUCGCUGCUCCAACUACGACACUUGAAUUACUUGGAUCUCAGUUACACUGAUUUUGAAUGGGCUGGUGUGCCAAACUUGCUUGGUUCACUCUCUAAAUUAAGGUACCUCAAUCUCUCUAGUGCUCUUCUUGCUGGAACCUUUCCUUAUCAAAUAAAAAACCUCUCAAGCUUGUAUUCUCUUGACAUCAGGUACAAUGAUAAUAUAAAAUUUGAAAAUCUUGAGUGGCUUUCUCAUCUUCCUUCCCUGAGGCUCCUUAACAUGGAUUCUGUUGACCUUAGUAUGUCUGUCGAUUGGCUUCAAGAAAUUAACAUGCUGCCUUAUCUAAUAGACUUGAGUUUAGAAUCUUGCGGUCUGCGUGAUGCCAAUCUGCCCCUUCCUUCUUAUUUUAACUUGUCAAGAUCUCUUUUAAGCCUAAAUCUCUCCUCAAAUACUCUCAGCCCUUCAAUAUUCUCUUGGUUGCCCAAUAUAAGCACUAACCUUCUUGUUCUUCAACUUCGUUCGUGCGACAUGCGAGGUCCCAAACCAGAUGCUUUUUGGAAUAUGACAUCUCUCUUACAUUUUGAUCUCUCAAGUAAUCUAUUUGAAGGUGGGAUACCGAAGUCCAUAGGAAACCUUUGCAGUUUACAAAGAUUAGAUUUGACGUUCAACAGUCUCACUCAGCCACUUACUGAUCUCACACAAAAUUUGUUUGCGAACUGCUCUGCAGAUACACUGGAGUUUCUAAAUUUAGGUUACAACCGAUUCGGUGGACCAUUGCCCGAUUUUACGAGAUUUUUAUUCUUGAACGAAUUAAAUUUUAAUUACAACCAACUAAAUGGGUCGAGUUAUGGACACCCGCCUAACCGACACCUGCCUAACCUUCUUAUUUUGAGCCUUGAAGGGAAUCGUCUAAAUGGUAAUUUAAUCGAUAGCAUAGGCCACCUUCCUAACCUCGAAUUUUUGGAUGUCUCUUCCAACAAAUUUGAAGGUGUUGUCUCUGACCUGUCAAUUUUCUCCAAACUUCAAUACCUGGAUUUAUCUUUCAAUUAUUUGGCUAUGAACUUGAGCUCCAACUGGGUUCCUCCCUUCCAGUUGAAAACUAUAAUAUUGAGUUCAUGCAAGUUAGGACCUCAAUUUCCCAACUGGCUUCAGUGGCAAAAGAAGGUGAGUUGGCUCGAUAUCUCCGAUAAUGAAAUAUCAGAUUUCAUCCCAAGUUGAUUUUCAGAGCUUUCUUCCUCCUUAAGGUUUUUAAAUCUCUCCAACAAUCAAGUAAGUGGCACACUACCGGUCUCAUUGCUAAAUUCUGCUGUUUUUGUUGAUCUACAUUCCAACCCCUUCAAGGGUUCACUUCCACACUUCUCUGCUGAUACUCGCAUUUUGGAUCUCUCCCAUAAUAUGUUUUCUGGCUCCAUUUCAUCAGUAUGCAACAUAACAAAUGGGUAUCUGUUACGUCUAGAUUUAUCGAAUAAUCUAUUGUCAGGCAGCAUACCGGAUUGUUUGACAUCCAUGGUCUCCUUGGGUAUUUUGCGACUGUCAAACAACAAAUUGUCUGGUGAAAUUCCUACUUCGAUUGGUUCCCUUAAUUUUCUUGAAUCAUUGAACCUCCACAAUAAUAUGCUCUCUGGAGAAUUGCCUUUGUCUUUAAAGAAUUGCAGUUUGUUGGAAUUUCUGGAUGCUGGAGAGAACAGAUUGUCAGGAGAAAUACCGUCCUGGAAUGGGGAAGGGCUAUCAUAUUUGGUGUUUCUUAGCCUCAGAUCAAAUUCAUUUUAUGGAAGCAUACCCUUGAGCCUUUGCUAUCUUACUUUAAUCAGAGUGUUGGAACUUUCUCACAAUUAUAUAUCAGGAGCCGUACCAUUUUGCCUCAUCAAUUGUUAUGGCUCAAAACAAUAAUUCAAGAGAACCCUUUAUUUAUGCUUCUUUGUAUGUCUCUUUCCAAAAAUUUUUGGGAGCUUAUGUAGAGAAUACAUCGGUGAUUUGGAAAGGAAGACAGUAUGAAUUUGGAAAAAACCUCGGAUAUCUGAAGAUGAUUGACCUUUCAAGCAAUAGUUUAUCAGGAAACAUCCCGGAAGAAAUAACAAGCCUUGUGGGUUUGGUUUCCUUGAACUUGUCUACGAAUAAUUUGAAUGGAACUAUUCCCGAGAUGAUUGCUGGGUUGACUCGGUUACAGGCUCUUGAUUUCUCAAGAAACCGUCUUUCUGGUAGAAUACCUGCAAGCCUGGCCAACCUGAAUUUUCUUGAAUAUUUGAACUUGUCAAACAAUUGCUUGUCGGAGAAAAUUCCAUCUAGCACCCAGCUACAAAGCUUAGAUGCUUCUGCAUACAGCGAGAACGCCGAACUUUGUGGACUUCCACUUGCAAAGAAGUGCCAAGAAGAUGGAACACCUAGAGGGGGCUCACCAUCUGACAAUGAAGGUGGUGGUGACGAUAGUUGGCAUGGAAUUCCAUGAUUCUUGCUUGGUGCUGGACCGGGUUUCAUUGUGGGAUUUUGGGCUUUAUGUUUGACAUUACUGCUGAAUAGUUCUUGGAGAUGCGCCUAUUUCAAAUUCUUGGACAAUGUAAAAGAUAGACUUUAUGUGAUGACUGCGAUUUUCGUGAUGAAAAUGCUAGAGAGGUUUCGAAACUCACAGCAAUCUGAAAGAAGACUUGCAAAAGGAAUGGGGCACAAUUGUCUGCCACAGCUGUAGAUGGUGUGCAGAAGCCAAGUUGAGUCAAAUUGCAUGGUCAAAGCUCUGUUCCAAGCUUCUGGUUUCUUCUGGGAAUUGAUAUCUUGUAUGGUUUCUUCUGGGAAUUCAAAUCUUGUUUAACAAGUGUUUCUGGGAUUCCAUCAUCCUUCCAUGAGCCAGACCACGCAAACCCCUUCUUCUCCAUCCCUCCACAACCACCAGAAAAUCCUCAAUGAACUGCAACCAACCCCUACACACAAUUUUUUGAGCUUGUCGAUGGUUCCCGCCCAGGUCUAUGGUUGAGUUAAGAGUUGUUUCAGUUGGGCCACUUUUUGGGCUGCUUGUAUUGAUUUUUUCUUUUGGGGCUUGAAUUUUACAAAAAAAAAAAAUAUAUAUAUAUAUAUAUAUAUAUAUAUAUAUAUAUAUUUUUGGCGAGGCCGGUUCCGCUCCCAUAUUUAUGCCUCAAUUUCAACAUUACGUGUUCGAGAUGGAAAAUAAUUUAUUCGUAUGCAGAGGUAGAAUUGCGUGCAUAAGAUUCCAAUGCGGCAUAGUGAUGGGAGCCUCAUGAGUCAUGCCCUUUCUACUUGAGUGAGCGUCAAGAAGUUUAGCAAGUCUGUCAAUUGGCCAACGAUUAUUGAAUUUAAGAUUUAAGUAGACGCAAGGAUUCGCAGCAGUUGAUUCAGUUUGUAGGAAGGACGCUUAUGAAUUCAGAAUUGUGUAGGCAUUUUAUCAAAACAGCAUUCAUAAUUUUUUAGUAACA